AUGGAAGUCUUCAAUGUCACCGUGUCAAACAUCCAUUGUGAAGACUGCAGACAGUCAAUCAUCACGUCCUUAUCAGAUAUUUUCCAGAUCUCUGACCAUGUUCCAGAGCUCAACGCUCCUGGUGACAACCCAUUCGCCAUAGUUAGAAUCAUAGAUGAUGCUGAACUAAACAUCUUAGCUGCUAAAGGUUCAAUCAACUCACAACUUCAGAAAAUUGUUUUGGCAAAACUGGAAGGUUUGGGGUUCAUCAUCAAGGAUUAUUCACUACAUGAUGUUCAAGAAACUCAAUAUCUCCAUACAAAGUACAAGACCCAUCAGAAGUUAUUAUCCAAGUAUAUUCCCUGGCUGUGUCAUACAGUGGAGAGGAAACACUUGGAACAUUGUACAAAAUGUCGUGAUGAAAAGAAAACAACUUCAGAUGCUGAUUCAGAAUUAACAAAAGUCGUCACUAUGAGCCCAUUAGAAUAUAGAGCUGUCUUCACCAUUGGUGGUAUGACUUGCUCUGCAUGUGCACAAACCGUUUCACAGGCAUUUAGUGAAUCAUUAGUUAAAACUCAAAAUAAUGAAGAUGAUGAAGCUAAAUUCUCUGUUGAUCCUGUUUCAAACACUGCUAUUGCCAUCAUACCAAAUAAACAAAUUGCUAAUAACAUUAUUGCGAAUGUCAGGGAAUCUGGAUAUUCAGCUACAUUAGUCGAGCUAUUACCAGUGGAAAGGGAAACAAAAUAUAGAGUUAAUGCUGCUAUUGGUGGUAUAAGUUGUGCUGCUUGUGCAAGUUCUAUUACUAAUGCUGUUUCUAAUUUGUCGUUUGUUGUGGAAUCUGCAAUUUCUAUUGUUUCCAAAUCUGGUAUUUUCAUCUUGGAUACCGAUGAAGAAUCAAAAUUAAAUGAAUUGAAAGAUGCUAUUGAAAAUUGUGGAUUUGAUUUUGAAUUGGUGGAAAUUAAAAAAGUUAAUCAUGCAACAACAAAAAAACAAAGUAGAACUGUCAAUUUGAAAGUCUCUGGUAUGUUUUGUGAGCAUUGUCCUGAAGAAAUUAAUGAAAUCUUGAAUAGUCAUGGUAAUGCGAUUGUUAUUGAUGAUCCAAUCACAUUAGACCAUCCAUAUGUCAAAUUCACUUAUAUUCCAUCACCUCCUAAUCUCACAAUAAGGUCAGUCUUGCAAGAAAUUAAAGAUGCUGGUAAAUUUGAAGUGGAAAUCAUAGAAGCUGUUAGUCUUGAUGAACAUUUGCGUCGGAUUGCAAGAUUAGAAACUCUAAAGAUUGCUUAUAGAUUAGCGAUAACUACAGUUUUAGCUAUUCCGACAUUUGUAUUUGGAAUUGUUGGUAUGUCAUUCUUGAAGAAGAGUAAUGGGUUUAGACAAUGGUUAGAUGAAGCAUUAUGGACUGGUAAUGUUUCAAGAAUGACUUGGAUCUUGUUUUUUUUAUCAACGCCUGUUUACUUCUUCGCUGCUGAUAUUUUCCAUAUCAAAGCUAUAAAAGAAAUAAGAACUUUAUGGAAGAAACACGUUCCUUGGAAAAGAAGAUUAUUUAGAUUCGGAAGUAUGAACUUAUUAAUGUCAUUAGGUACUUCAGUUGCAUAUUUUGCUAGUAUAGCAUUGCUAGGGUUAGCUGCACAUUCUCAGAAAAUGGGACAUGCGUUCACCACUACAUAUUUUGAUUCAGUUGUGUUUUUGACUUUUUUCUUAUUGAUUGGAAGAUUAUUAGAAGCUUUUUCCAAAAGUAAAACUGCAGAAGCAAUUACAAAUCUGGGAAGUUUGAAACCAAGUUCAGCUACAUUAUUAGCAAAAUUAGGAGAAAAUGAAUAUGGUGAUGAUGUUAAAACUGAUUUGAAAUUAUUAGAAGUGGGUGAUUUCAUAAGAAUAGUUCCAGGUGAAUCACCUCCAGUGGAUUGUAUCAUCGUUCAGGGGAAGACGGAUUUUGAUGAAAGUGCAUUAACAGGUGAAUCAAUCCCUGUGGAACAUACUGUUGGUGAACAGAUAUUUGCUGGUACUGUGAACAAAGGUCCACAGUCAAUAAUUGCUAAAUUAUCUGCAUUAGAUGGUACUUCAUUAUUAGAUCAUAUUGUUAACACUGUGCGUGAUGGACAAAUGCGUAGAGCACCGAUUGAAAGGGCUGCAGAUGUUUUAACUGGUUAUUUUGUUCCUUUAAUUACUUUACUGGCUAUUAUUACUUGGAUUGUUUGGCUAUCAUUGGGUUAUAGUGGAGCUCUACCUGAUAGUUAUCUAGAUAUCGAUAUUGGCGGUUGGGCUAUUUGGUCAUUAGAAUUUGCUAUUUCCGUGUUUGUUAUCGCAUGUCCUUGUGGUAUUGGGUUAGCUGCUCCAACUGCUUUAUUUGUUGGUGCUGGUCUUGCUGCCAAAAAUGGUAUAUUAGCAAGAGGUGGUGGUUCUGCAUUUCAGGAAGGUUCAAGAGUUAAUGUUGUUUGCUUUGAUAAAACUGGUACUUUAACAAUGGGUGGUGAACCUAAGGUUACCAAUUAUGCUAUUUAUCAAGAUAAAGUUAUUAAACAAUUUGCCCUACAAGUUGCUAAAGAUUUAGAAAUCACAUCAAGUCAUCCAUUGGCGAUUGCUGUUAAGGCAUUUAUUGAAGAAGUUUCUAUUGAUCAAAAUGUUAAAUUAGGUAGAGUUAAAGUCCCUGAAGUUGAAGAGAUCCCUGGGAAAGGUUUGAAAGGUGAUAUAAUAAUUGAUCAAGAUGAUUCAGAUGCUAAAAAUUGGAAUAAAUUCAAGCCAUCAAAAGUCUUGCUUGGUAAUGAAUCAUUAAUGACUGAAAGUAAAGCACAGUUCACUUCUCAACAAAAACGUUUAUUGAAUGAAUGGAAAAUCCAAGGUAAAAGUGUUGUUAUUGUUGGUCUACAAUGUUUUGAAUUCUUCAAAACUGAUAAUUUCAUCCCAGUUUUAUUGAUGGCUGCAAGAGACGAGAUACGUCCAGAAGCUAAAAAUGUUAUAAAAUUACUGAAAAAUGAAGGAAUUACAACAUGGAUGAUUUCAGGUGAUAAUUCAAUCACAGCAAAUGCAAUUGCAAAAGAACUAGGUAUUGAUAAUGUUGUUGCAGAAGUUUUACCAGAAGAGAAAGCUGAAAAGAUUAAAUGGAUCAAGAGAACAAAUUAUGAUAAUAAGAAAGAACCAAUUGUUGCAAUGGUUGGUGAUGGUAUUAAUGAUGCUCCUGCUUUGUCUACUGCUGAUGUUGGUAUUGCUUUAGCCUCAGGUUCUGAUCUUGCAUUAACUUCAUCUGAUUUUGUCUUGUUGGCACCAAAACAUCCAUUGAUUACUUUGCUAACGUUGCUGAAAUUGUCAAAAACAGUGUUCAACAGAGUUCGUUUCAAUUUUGUUUGGGCUAUAGUUUAUAAUUGUAUUGGUAUCCCUAUAGCAGCAGGUGUUAUUUAUCCCUACAAGAAUUCAAGGCUAUCACCGGUUUGGGCGAGUGCAGCUAUGGCUGCUUCGUCAAUUAGUGUUGUGUUGAGUAGUUUGGCAUUGAGAUUGUUUAAAAAGCCAAAAGUUGUUUCUGAACAGUCUAAGAAUGCAGAGCUAAACCAAAAGGCGUUGGAAGAGAAAUUUUAA